UUUUCAUUCCCCAAGACGACGACGAAGAUGGCGACGGUGAUUGACGGCAAGGCUGUCGGCGACGCGAUCCUCGAGGAGAUCCGCGCAGAGGUCGCGGCCAGCGCGGCUGCCAACGCCAGCUACGUGGCGCCUGGCCUCGCUGUUGUCCUCGUCGGCGACCGCAAGGACUCGGCCACGUACGUGCGCAUGAAGAAGAAGGCGUGCGAGAAGGUGGGCAUCCGCACGGUCAGCGUCACGCUGCCGGCCGACGUGACCUUCGAGGCGCUUCUCGCUCAGAUCGACGCGCUCAACGCCGAUAGCAGCGUGCACGGCAUCCUCGUGCAGCUCCCGCUGCCAGCGCACCUCAACGAGGAGGUCGUGCUGAACCGCAUCGUGCCGGCAAAGGACGUCGAUGGCCUCCACCCGAUGAACGUUGCGAGCCUCGCGAUCAAGUCCAAGCUGCCAUACAUCGUCGCCUGCACGCCCGCGGGCUGCCUCGAGCUCCUCGACCGGUACUCGAUCCCGAUCGAGGGCAAGAAGGCGGUCGUGCUUGGUCGGUCGCGCAUCGUGGGCAUUCCCAUGUCGCUGCUUCUGCUCGGGCGCAACGCGACGGUGACGAUCUGCCACUCCAAGAGCGAGAACCUCGAGGCGACGGUCCGCGACGCCGACAUUGUCGUGGCGUGCUGCGGCCGCGCACAGAUGGUCAAGGGCUCGUGGCUCAAGCCCGGCGCGACCGUCAUUGACGUGGGCAUCAACGCGAUCGACGACGCGACGAAGAAGGCCGGGUACCGCCUCGUGGGGGACGUCGACUAUGACGAAGCCAAGAACGUUGUCGGCGCCAUCACGCCCGUGCCCGGCGGCGUCGGACCGAUGACGAUCGCGAUGCUGCUCAAGAACACGCUCCUCGCCCAGCAGCGAGCGGUGUAAACACAUGAGUACAUUUCGUUUUGCUUGAUCA